CGAAGAUAUAAAAGACCAUGCAACACAUGCCGCAAUUAUUGUGUCUCUGGUUGUGCACAGAAGUUCGUCCAACGGGAGUGGAGACUAUUGAGAACUGAGAUCCAAAUACGAUGGCUACAUAUCUUCCGAAGCACGUCAAAUGGCCACAUUUUACCCUGCUAGGGUUAGUGCUUGCUGCAGGGCUGGCAACGGCACUUAAGAAGGGUGAAGUCCUGGACAUGACGUACAAGUACGACAAUGUCACUACCCAACGUUGGGCAGGAUCUCCAGCGUUCGAUUUGACAAUCCUCCAGAGAGGACCAACGCCUUCCAUACCUUGGUUGGAAAUGAACAAAUUUUCCACUGCAGAGCACUUUGGUACACAUAUGGACGCCCCAGCGCACGCGGCAAAAGGCAUGUGGCGAGUUGACCAAAUCCCUCCCAGGAACCUCGUUGGUCCCGCUGUGAGGGUGGACGUGUCAGCCAAGGCUGCGGCGAACGCCGACUACCAACUAUCACCUGCUGAUCUGACCGACUGGGUGUCUGCCAACGGACCAAUUCCCGACGGCGCUUUGCUCUUCGUCUAUACCGGCUACGGAGCGCAUUGGACCAACCGGUUCGCAUAUUAUGGUUACGCAGGAGAGGAUGACUACUUAGACGCAGAUGGCAAUUCAUUGCUGCAUUUUCCAGGGAUCUCCGAGGCUGCUGCAACCUGGCUGGUGGAUAACACACAAGUCAGCGGCGUUGGCAUUGACUCGGCUUCUCUAGACUACGGCCCGAGUGUGGGCUUCGAGGUUCACCAGAUCCUGCUUCAGGAGAACAUCUUCGGCUUAGAGAAUGUGGCCAACGUUGAUUUAUUACCAACCACAGGUGCAACGGCCUAUGCACUGCCGAUGAAAAUUGGGGAUGGGAGUGGCGGUCCUGUGCGCAUCAUUGCCAUGCUAACUGAAAACGCCGAUGGCGGCUCCAAUCAGCUGAGAGUUGAUUAUGCAGCUCUCCUGGUGGUUGGCAUUUCUAUCAUUAUGAAGGCAAUUCUGUAGUUACAUUCGGCACGGACGUCGCUAGACCAAUCUGAAGGUGGUGUUGGGGCGGGGGAGGAUCUUGCCGACUGACUGGAAGGAUGAUCAAAGAAUUAAUGUUUUCCUAAUUGCCUUGGGGGGGGGGGGAACAGCAUUUGAAUAUGGGGCGCCUUCAGAGACGGAAGGGAGAAAGGGAAGUGCGUUAUACACACGAUUUUGCCGACAAGACGAUUUUGCAGACAAAACGCCCCCCCCCUUCUUUAGCGAACCCCUGCUCAUCAAUGUUGAUUUGGAUUGAUUUCAUAAUAACAAUGAACUUAAAUUACCAAAUACUAACAAUGAACUUAAAUUACCAAAUUUUAUGUUACUUUAAUGUUUAUGUUGUCCUUAAUAAUUAUGUAGAGCACAAUAGGCCAGACGAAGCGCAGAUGCGGGCUGGACAGCAAUUAAUUGUUUUCAGACGAUCAUUGUUUGAAGAUAAUGUUCUUUUUGAGAUUCUGUUUUGCGACCGUUAUAUCUUGUGUGUCUGUAGUGUUUUCCAUUAUGCCAUUGCUUUCGUCACUGUUUAUUUUCCACCUCUGCUGCUGUUACUUAUGAGAAGUUUUCACCAGACGUACAAUGUUUUCUGCAUACCUUGUUGAACACAAAACAAGUACAAUGCUGUGUUUGUAAGUUGAAUUUACAUAUUUACUAAUAAUAUAUUAAUAAUAUUUUUUUCCCAUUGUGUUGGCAUUAGUAAUAGGUGACAUAAUUAUUAAA